GACUUCGCUGAUCGGGGACCUGACGGACAGGAAAAGUCCAGCGGCGCAUACGCUGGACUUUUCACUAGCAACAAUGCGAACAAGCCUUUCGCGGGCGUUGCUUUCAAGGGAUCUAGUUCUGAACGGGACACCCGGACCGACCUCAACUGGAAGCCGAUCGUGCCUCUCCGACCGGACGUCGCGUGGGGAUCCCAGAUGCACGGCGGCUUUUACUUCAAUCUUUUCGGCGACUUUACUGAUGCUGUCGAAGGAGGCCACUCUCUGGGCGGGGGUCUCUGCACUCUGGCGUACGGCGAAUUCCUCCGCCGCGAGGCCGAACCUGUGUUCGCACAGUUUAGCCUCGGCGACCUCUACAGCUUCGCCGCGCCCCGCGUCUGUUACCAGCCCUUCGCGGACGAGAUCAACAGGCGCACUCAACCCGCGAGCGGCAGGUACUCCUUCCGCAUCGUCAACAAGCAGGACCCGGUGACCGUCAUGCCUCCGCCGGCCCCGCCUCUGGCGAUCGUCGAGGACUACCCGUUCAUACAUGUCGGCGGCGCGUGGAGGAUUACGGGCGAUGGCCCGGAGAAGAUGGCUGAUGAGCCGCCGCUCGUGGCGCCUCCCCCUUGGGACCAGAUCAUUGCCGCCGCGGUUGAUCACGGUAUGGCAGGGAGGAAUAUUAUAUUUGCGUUUACAAUACUAAUCGAGAGCUAUCUUAGACACCCGCGGAUACUACGCCAGCUGGCAGACCACACCUCACUCCUGAGCGGUUUGCAUGGGAUAGUCAUGGGGACGGCUCGUCGUGGAACAGACAUGCCAGUGUCGGUGUAA